AUGGCUGACCCUUCGUCGCCGGCGAUUACCCAAGUAAUGACGGCACCGGUGGUAGGAGCCGUUUCCAUCUCCGGACGGUCACGUGAGAUGGAAGAUGCGCUUUGUGUUCGUCCCAACCUUUGCAGCCCGCAGAUCAACCGCCGCCGCCCUCUCCAUUACUUCUCCGUUUUCGACGGACAUGGCGGUGCUCAAGUGUCUUCCCUGUGUAGGGAGCGUAUGCACGCGUUACUAGAGGAAGAACUGGCACGCGUGACGAACAGUUUCGGUGCGGCGGAGGCGGCGGCGCUGAAAGACGCGUGGGUGACGGCGAUGAAGAACUGUUUCCGACGGAUGGACGUGAUAGUGGGGAACAGCUGUGGGACUGGGAGUCAUAAGAAGGCGGGGCUCAUCGGCUCCACCGCCGUGGUGGUGGUUCUGACGGAUGAACACAUCGUCGUGGCUAAUUGCGGAGACUCACGCGCCGUCCUCAGCCGCCGUGGGAGAGCGGUUCCGCUGUCGGUUGAUCACAAGCCCAAUCGACCAGAUGAAUUGGCAAGGAUUGAGGCAUUAGGGGGUAGAGUAAUUUACUCCCAUGGAGCUCGAGUGGAAGGAAUCCUUGCAAUGUCUCGUGCUAUAGGAGAUAGUUUUUUGAGGCCCUUUGUUAUACCUGAGCCCGAAGUUACCUUCACGAGUAGAGAGCCAGAAGAUGAUGAAUUGUUGGUCUUGGGGAGUGAUGGUUUGUGGGAUGUUAUGUCGAACGAGAUGGUGUGUGAGGUCGCUAGAGAGUGUUUGAGAGAAAACAGUCCUCCGGUGGAGCGUGCAAAUGACGAGGAGGAGAGGUCAACGUUUUUCCCCUCCCAAAGUGCAUCAGCAGCAACAUUGCUUACUCGCCUUGCUUUUGGACGUAAUAGCCGAGACAAUAUUACUGUCAUAGUUGUUGACUUAAAGAGGAUUGAAGAAAUUAGGUUUUAA